CUACGGUAUUCAGAAACCUUUAGUGAGGCUGCAGUUGAGUUGAACACUGGCUGCGGGUUAAGGUCUCCUGCAAGACACGAAUGGAAGCUGCGGGCUGUUUUUCGUCCUUCACAAGUACAUGGAAGUAUUGUUUGCAGCUACAGAGUGACGCAGAGCCUCACAAGCUGCAGGAGGCAAUUGAAGAAAGGUGUGAGACCGUCGAGUGGGCGUCAUGGACAGCCCAUACCAACACAGGGCUCUCCUUCUGGGUCUGGUGGAGGUGACUGGAUCCGUGACACCCCUGGACGAAGAAGCCCGAGCAAGAGUGUUUGCCAUGUGCCAUGCUGCCUCUAUAGAGGGCCGCGUAGAGGACCCGAGCUGGGUGGGUCGACUGGAGCGAGGCCUCAUGGGGGUGGAGGUCAUUAUGGACCAGAAAUAUCUGCACAUAACCAGCAACGAGGUCUUGGUCAGUCGACACAGUCUGGAAGAGGGGUGCGUCACUAUGGCGAUGCGGGGAGCUGAGGGCCACCUGGUAUUAAUCGGCCGCUGCCAGGUGAAGGGAGUGCGACUCGCCGUGGUGCUCGACAUGAUGUCAGGAGAGGACGCUCAGCAACUGCAGGAAGAAGUGAGUCAGAGGUUGUCUCACCUCGGAUCACUUCUCCCCCGAUCCUCGGCGCCACAAAACACAGCACAUACCAGGCUGAUGUCCAGACCAUCGCCCUUCACUGCUGCAUCAAAUGUUCAGCGCGGACCAGCCACUAGCAACACACAGCAUAGCAACAGGACAGCUGCACAUAAUUCGGCCUCACUCUUGGGCCCCGAGACACCGCCCCCACCUGUGGUGGCCCAGCCUGCCUCCCGCCCACCUCCCAUCUCCGCCAAGCCUGUCUUUCACAGGAGACCUGCCGCUGUAGCUCCAGUGAGCGAGAGAUCCCCAUUGGUUAGAAUGCCCACCACUGGCAAGCUCAUAACCACCCCGCUGUGUUUGAUAUCUCGUUCACCUGUCUCACUUGUAGCUACCAAACCCAUGUUCAUCUUGAACACAUCUCCGUCAUCGGUGACUGCACCACCUACUGUUACUAGUGCAUCUAUACCUUCUCCGCUGGUUUCCACCCCUAUGGUGCUCCCACGACCAACGUCCAUACCUAAGGUAUUCACUUCGCGGUUCUCCACCCCAACAGUGUCCACUCCAAUAGUGUCCACCCAGGCUUUGUCCACCGUGACAAUGUCCGCCCCGCCUGUAUCCACCGCGACAGUGUCCCCACGACCUGUGUCCAUACCUAAGGUAUUUCUUUCGCAACUUUCUACGCCGGUAGUGUCCACCCCAACGGCGUCCACUGUGACGGUGUCUACCCAGUCCGUGUCCACUGUGACAAUGUCCAACCGAACAGUGCCCACCUCAAAGGUGUCCAUCCGCCCAUUGCCAUUCCCUAAAACAUUCACCCCGCUGGCAUCCCUUCCUUCUGCGCCCAUUUCAAAGGCAUCUACGAGGCCUGUGAUCACUCCGAAGGUGUCCAUCCGACCCGUAACGAUCCCUAAGGUCUUUACCCCUUUGGCGUCCAUCGCCGCGGAGUCUAACACGCUGGUGUCUACGUCAGCGGUGUCUGCUGCAGUGUUGUCGUCCCCGCCAACAGUGGCAACAACAGCGUCCACCUCGACGACAUCCACUUCCCUGGCCGCCACUUCAAGGGUAACCAUCACGCUGGUGUCCACAACAGUGGUGGCUUCUAAGCCAGUCAGUGUAUGCGCCUCUCGGCCGUCUGUCUCCAAUAUUAUGCCCUCGUCUGUCCGAGACCGUCGGCCAUCAAUAGCAUCCUUAGCUAGCCAAGAUGAGGAAUCUCAUAAUAAUGAGAAAAUCGAGCUUCUUCUCGGAGCAUUGAAAGUGGAAGAGUCUGAGUACUUAUACAUACCUGGCAUGGAGCCUCCACAGGAGCAAGAUUCUUCCAAAAACCUGGAACAAGAGUUAACUAGUUUAUUAGAGAAUGAACGCCAAUAUCUGGACACUCUUCAGAGAAUUAUAGAAGCAAGGGAAACAUUAACAUCUGAACUGAAAGAUCUCCUCAGGGGGUGUGACAGAUUGUUCAAGUUCCAUGAUGAACUGUACCAAAACCUGUGUCAGGAGUUUUCAUCCAGCUCUGGAAUAGUGCAGGUGUUUCUCUCCCAUAAGGAGGAGUUUGACCAGUACCGGUAUUGCAUCAUGAAUGCUCCGCAGGUUGUAUCCCAGUUGCAGCAACAGACCGAGGAGAUUGUGAAGCAGCACCCCACACUGGAGGCAGACAUCAAAUCAUUAUGGAAGAGGAUACAUUUUUACUUCAUGACUUUUGAGAGACUAGCAAAGAUUGUGCCCGUCGAAGAGCAGGGUUUGGCGCAGAAAGUUGUGGAUCUGCUUCGAGAGACAAAUCGUCAGGGUGACUCUGGCAUUCUGAUUGAUUCCGUUAGCGGGGCGCCGUUCAGCCUGCACACCCUAGGCACGCUGGUCCUACACAGCCUCUUUACCAUCAAGGACCCCUCUGGCAUGCUAGGCAACAAAACAAAGUACCAUGUGUUACUCUUCGAGGAAAUGAUAGUGAUACUUUUGCCUAAAAAAGAAAAAUAUCAGUACAAGGAUCAUUUUCCCCUCAGGCAAUUAAAUCUCCUUACUCAGUCGGACAAUGACAAAGAGACAUUUGUACUAGAGUUAAUACAGGGAGGCAACAAGAAAAACAGGAAGUACACUUUCCGUCCCCGCCAUCCGGAGGCUAAGGCUGCCUGGGUAGCAGAGAUCAGCCGCCUUCUCUUGAAGUUUGAAAGUGAAGUCGAGCGUCUCCGAAAGCUGCGCUCUGGAUAUCAUUGACGUCUAGCACACUUCUAGUGUAAACUGACUCCACGCCCCAGAGACCAACAGAAAAAGAUCAUGUAAAGCACCGACAAGAGUUUUGGUAGUGUUGUCAGUAAGGAUCUGUAAAGAACUGAAACCUUCUCUGGUCACGACAAGGGUCAUGUUACAAUCAAGACAGCGUCAUAUCAUUACAAGGCGACUCGCAUCCAAUGAAUAUCUUAUUACUGCGUGCCAUUUAUUGAUAUUCAUGCUUAUGGUCUUUCAUUAGGGUUUUGGUACCUGCCUUCACAUCUUUUAUUUUUUAUUUUUUAUUUUUUUUUGUUACCUUACCUUUCAGUGCUGUUUACUAUUACCAUCAUUUUGUAUCACCUGUCUGUCUUGUGCGAUGUAGUUUAUUGCGAUGGGCUAUUCUCACUUUUCUAGACUCUCAGGUAGUCUCUUUGUUUCUCCGCCUCACUCUUUAUCCCCUCUUAAUCGCCUCCUUCAUCAUUGUCAUUAUUUUUACAGCAAUGCGGGCGGAUUUCUUCUCCCAGCGCUAUCUACUCUUUUCUGUCUUUCUUUUUGUUUGUUUCUUUUUUUUUAAGUACACUAAUUCUAUAAAACACUCAGCGGUCUUCCAGUUUCAUGUAGGAUCUUGUACUGACUGUUCUUAUCUCAGUGUCUGCGAAUGUGUCUAAAAGUUACACAGGUUCUGAAGUGAGCGUUACAUUGUGUCACAACAGUUAUUUUAUGUAUACUCGAACUGUUACUCGAAACUUUCCAAAGUACAUGUCUUGAAUUAGGUCUGAUAAAUGUUUAUCUUAAGGUAAAAUAUAACCUUAAUUAUAUCUUUCUUUGACGAUAAUCAUACUUUUCAACAUGUGUUUAUAUGAAUGUCUUGUCAUUUAUUUUUAUAGUAUACUUUUUCAGUUAUUUUCCUUUUAUGAUAGGUAUCAGCUAUUAACUUAUCGUACUAUGGCAUUAUCGUGUCGCGUAAAUCUGGAUCCGUGUUUUGAAUCCCUUUGAAUUCCUUCCUAUAAAGACGGUCAUCAAAAAACCACAGAGAUCGGGUUCUUAUGAGUGUUUUUCUAUUAGCGAUGCAAAAUCAUUAUUAAAAUAUUUGUAGAAUCAUGAAAACAUCCUUGAAAAUUACAGUAAUCAAAACUAGAGCCUGUUGAAAGACGGUUGAGAAUGUGGUCUCUGUGUCUCAUUAAUCAUGCAGCUCUCUUUCCUGUACUGAUUCCAUACGAUGUAAUUAGGUAGAUCAGCACACACACACACACACACACAGACACACACACACACAUACGCGCGCGUUAUAUUCCCUUUUUUUUUUACUUCGAUGUCUCAAGUAAAGAGCCGAUUUUGAGUAUUACGUUCAACAUUAUGGCUGACAUUAGACUUUUUUUUUUUUCCAAAGCUCCAGAUUAAGGGGAGAGCGCGGGAGGGAAAUGUACUUUUUGUACUCUCCCCUUUAUGGUCUCUGUUUUCUUUUUUGUGUGUCUUUGAUGAUUCAUUAUACUGAAAACUCCUUUCUUUCCUUCACUGGGUCUACGAUUUUGUCAUCCCGUCACCUUCAUUAAUUAUCAUUCAGAAAGAUCAAUGUUAUUGCAUGAUAAUAAAGCUUUUCAUUAAAAA